AAAAACCAUCAGAUUUAAUGUAGUUUUUGUUUUCACUAUAAAAUAAAGUUCAAUCGAACAAUUAUUAACUCGCGAGUAGCUUAAAUCGUUCACAUCAAUAUUUUGAAGAUAUCUUUUUAGGCUGGCUUCUUGAAUGUUAAACUUCAGGUGUUCUCUGAAAAUUUAACACAUCUUCAGAAUUUGAGUAUUCUGCUCUUGUUUUAAGUGCAUGAACCGUAUUGUGCAAUGUCCUACUUUGGAAGAGUUAACUAUAGUUAAUUGCCCAACCAACUUUGCUUGUAAAAUCUUAGGGGAACCAGAAGCAAAUGCAUCAUAUGAGACUACUGCAGCAAAGGUGCUUUUCCCAAAGUUGAAGUACCUGAAACUGUCAAUAGUUAAGUUUGAGAAGAUAUGGCAGGCUAGGCAGUGGGAACUGUCUCAUCUCCUUCAGAUUUUAACAGCCUGGAAUUUAGAAGGGUGCGGCAAUCUAAAAUAUCUAUUAUCAUCAUCUAUGGUUAAAUGUUUGCCUCAUCACAAAACACUUGAAAUAUGCAAUUGUAUGAGUAUGGAAGAAAUCGUUGUUGCGGAAGAAUUUGAAGGACGGCUGGGGGAGUUGUUUCUGCCUGAGUUAAACUUACUGAAGCUCAAAGAUCUUCCAAAACUCGUGCAGUUCUGUCAGAGUGACUUGCUUGAAUGUCCUGCCUUAGAAAGCCUGUGGAUAGAAAAAUGCUUUGAAUUGAGGACAUUUAUAUCCAAUGCUCAAAGCUCAAACAAGACAGCUGGUAAUGAGCUUGAGAUGCUGAAUUCCUCACUCUUUGAUGAAAAGGUGUUUUUUUUAUCCCUCUUCUUUUCGUUUCUAUUAAUUUUAUGAGAGAAAUUUGAGAAUGUUAAUUUUUUUUAAGCGAUGGAACAUGUUGUAUUUCCUAAUUUGGAGCUGCUUCUACUUCUCAAAGUUGGUGGUUCAAGGUAAUAUGGAGCAAUGAGCUCCGCGAGGAUUCCUUUUGCAAACUGAAAACAUUGAAAGUCACAUUUAUGAAAGAACUGCAGAUGAUGUUCCCGGCGAAACUCGUGACGAGAUUCCAGAAUCUUGAGUGGUUGGACAUAAGCUGUUGUGAUGCUCUCGGAGUGGCGUUUAGUCUUCAAGGCCUGACAAAUGGUAAAGAAACACAUGUUGUAGAAACGAUUCCAUUGAAACAGUUAAAAAUAUUCAACCUCCCAAAUUUGAAGUAUGUAUGGAAUGAGGACCCUGGAGGAAUUCUUGAAUUUCAAGACCUUUGUAUUAUGGAUGCAACUGCAUGUCCAAGUCUGAAAUUUCUCUUUCCAAACUCCAUGGCAAGGAAUCUUCAGUGUCUGCAAGAGAUGUGCGAUUGAAGAUAUCGUUGGUGUGUUUCAAAAUCUGACAAUUCAGGAAGUAUCAAAAUGUCGGGAACUAAAAAAUCUGAUAACUUCCUCAACAGCUAAAAGAACGAUGAAACUCGUGAGGACAGAAGAAAAGGAUGGGGACCGGAAAUCUUAAUUCCACCAUACAACAGUUGUAUACAGAAACGAAUGCAGAGGAAUGGUGAUCCAUCCACUAUCAGCUCAAGCAGAAGUACUCAAUGCACUCUAUGUUUGUUCUCUUUUAUUAUCCAUUUUAAUUUUUAGC